UAUCUGGGUAUUUAAUUUAUUUAUUAAGAACAGAUAAAUAAAUAUUCAAUCAAUUGAUAAAUUUUUAUUAAACGUGACACACUUAACCUAAAUAAUCUGCAUAGAAAAUGGCUGAAAAAUUAGGUUUAGGACCUGAAAUACGUGAACUAAAAUUGGGUGACAGCUUCACAAAACCACGUUCGACUGCCUUUCACACUGUACGAUAUGACUUUAAGCCGGCUAGUGUGGAUGUUAAUAAAUCGGCAACGAUUCAUGUGGGAUCAAAUAAUCAAAUUACGGUAAAUGUACCACAUUUAGAUGGAGCUGGAACUUCGCAAACUGUUUUUAAAGGUUCCCAAAAACCUUAUCAAAAAGAAUGUGUGUUGAUUAUUGAUAAGAGCACGGGGGUGAUUACCUUAGAGAGGCUGGCAAGUAAUAUUCAAGUGAAGAAGACGAGAUCGAACUCAUUACAUAAACCAUUACCAAGUCAAAGUCCGAAUUCUUCCCCAUCGUCAUCAUCGUCAUCGAAAAUAGGUUCAAAAUUAAGUGGAGGAAAUAAAAAUCGAAAAGAGCGUCAAAGUUCAAAGCAUUCACCACGUCAUCCAGCUUCACAUCAUUCACCAACUCGAUCACAAUCACCUGUUCAACGUGAACCCGUUUCGAUACAUCCACUUCGAGAUCCUAAAAGUGCUUCAGCGUCUCCAGUUGAUCCAUCUGCAUUGGCAGCAGGUUUAUCAUUGAUUGGAAUGGAUGAUUUUCCAAUGGUUAGUAAACCUGCUGAACGUAUGGAGAAAACAUCUCCUGAUUCAAAACCGUAUAAGGCUACUCCACCAGCGCCGGAACCAACCACAAACAAAGGAAAACCAAGGGGUGCAAGUGCGAGUGCUUUAAGUGAUAGUUCCAGUUCAAGUUCGAGUAGCAGUGAUGAUUCUGAAUCCGAUAAUGAUGUUAGUACUAAAAAGUUGGUUAACAAUUUUGUUACAAAAUCAUCGAUGCCAGCAAUGACAAAUCCAAUAGAUCGUUUACUCAACGAAGAUUUAUGUCUAUCAGAAAGUGGCAGUGAAUGUGAUUAA